AUGGUGACGGUUCUUGUGUGUGGGUCCUCCUCACAGGGAGCAGCUCCGUUUCUCGUCUGUGCCACGUCUGGUACAACUGUGUUGGGAGCCUUUGAUCCUCUGGAUGAAAUAGCAGACAUCUGUGAGAGGCAUGGCCUCUGGCUUCAUGUGGACGCUUCUUGGGGUGGCUCAGCUUUGGUGUCGAGGAAGUACCGCAAACUUCUGCAGGGCAUCCACAGAGCUGACUCCGUGGCCUGGAACCCCCACAAGAUGCUGAUGGCUGGAAUUCAGUGCUGCGCUCUCCUGGUAAAAGACAAAUCUGACCUUCUUAAGAAAUGCUACUCUGCCAAGGCAUCUUACCUCUUCCAGCAGGAUAAGUUCUAUGAUGUCAGCUACGACACAGGAGACAAGUCUAUCCAAUGCAGCAGGAGACCAGAUGCGUUCAAGUUCUGGAUGACUUGGAAGGCCCUGGGCACAUUAGGCCUUGAAGAAAGAGUCAAUCGUGCACUCGCUUUAUCUAGGUACCUCGUAGAAGAAAUCAAGAAAAGAGAAGGAUUCAAGUUAUUGCUGGAAAUUGUUAUUAAUACCGAGCUGGAUGUGUGCAAGGGAGUGGGAUCCACAGUGGAUGGCAGUGGGUAUCACGUGACUGGUUGGAAUGCAGCCAGAAUAUGCUCUGGUCUUUCAUCGCCUCCCUCCUCUCGCCCGGCGCAGGUGGCCCCAACCAUUAAGGAGCGCAUGAUGAAGAAGGGAAGCCUGAUGCUGGGCUACCAGCCCCACCGCGGGAAGGUCAACUUCUUCCGCCAGGUGGUGAUCAGCCCUCAAGUGAGCCGGGAGGACAUGGACUUCCUCCUGGAUGAGAUAGACCUACUGGGGCGAGACAUGUAG